AUGACCACUCCUCAUGAUCAAGCUCAACUUGGCCCUUCUAACACCUCACACCCAGAAGAAUACAAGAUCGCAGCCCUUGUCUUCUACAGCUGUAUCUUCAUAAUCGGAUUAUUUGUUAAUGCCACUGCCUUAUGGGUUUUUAGUUGUACCACCAAGAAGAGAACCACUGUAACCAUCUAUAUGAUGAAUGUGGCAUUACUGGACUUAAUAUUUAUAAUGAGCUUACCCUUUCGGAUGUUUUAUUACGCAAGAGGUGAGUGGCCAUUUGGAGAGUACUUCUGCCAGAUUCUUGGGGCUCUGACGGUGUUUUAUCCAAGUAUUGCUCUAUGGCUUUUUGCUUUUAUUAGUGCUGACAGAUACAUGGCCAUUGUACAGCCAAAAUAUGCCAAAGAACUUAAAAACACAGGCAAAGCCGUGCUAACAUGUGUGGGAAUCUGGAUAAUGACCCUGACGACCACCAUCCCGCUCCUACUGCUCUAUGAAGACCCAGAUAAAGCCUCCACCCCCGCCACCUGCCUGAAGAUUUCUGACAUCAUCCACUUAAAAGCUAUUAACAUGUUGAACUUCACUCGGCUCAUAUUUUUUUUCUUGAUUCCUCUGUUCAUCAUGAUUGGGUGCUAUUUGAUCAUUAUUCACAGUCUCCUUCAUGGGAAGACAUCUAAGCUGAAACCAAAAGUCAAGGAGAAGUCUAUAAGGAUCAUCAUCACACUCGUGGUGCAGGUGCUCGUGUGCUUUAUGCCUUUCCACAUCUGUUUUGCUUUCCUGAUGCUGGAAGGGGAGGAGAACAGUUACAAUCCCUGGGGGGCCUUUACCACCUUCCUCAUGAACCUCAGCACCUGUCUGGAUGUGAUUCUCUACUACAUUGUUUCAAAACAAUUUCAGGCUCGAGUUAUUAGUGUCAUGCUCUACCGCAAUUACCUUCGGAGUGUGCGCAGAAAAAGCUUCCGAUCAGGUAGUUUACGGUCACUAAGCAAUGUCAACAGUGAAAUGUUAUGAAUGAAAAGAAGGUUUUGGUCUUUAAUUUCUUUAUAUUCACUUUACUAACUACUCUAAGGCCAGUGGAUAUUCUGUAUGAUACUACCAAGUCCCUUCCCUCCUGAAAAAAAAACCACAUGUAACACUUUUGCAAGAUCUUA